CCGUUCAUCAUUUCAGUUACCGUUUCACCCUCAUCAUUCUUUCAUUUCUGGCUUAAAUUAUUCCGCCGUCUGCGGUAAUUCGCGUUAAAGAGACGGUGAUUUCGGUGUUUUGAGACAGUUGCGAUCCUGAGACUAGACUACUGUUUGUGUCUUUCUUUUAUAUAUUAGGAGAGAGUUCUCAUUUCAUGUUCUAGCUCGAGGCUAUUGACGGCUAUCGAGUAAUCUAAAAGCUUUUUACCACUGAUCAGGAGAGGAGAAAAAAAUGAUAACUCGGCUAUGAAAUAUAGUGCUGUUCUUGUCGAAGACUGCAAUCCGUCUAGAACCUAUAGAAUCCACCCGAGAUGUGUCAUUUUGGCCUUCACCGUUGGAAUUGUGUUCUAUUGCGUCUACACUGUCUCCAGAGCCCCAGUCAGUGGAAUUACAUCCGGCCAUUUGGAAUCUGGCAACGCACCUUGCGACUGUGUCCCAGGUAGCUACCAUUCCCAACCAGAACAAGUGAUAGACCGACAGCGGUUAUUCUACAACCGCGUGCCAAAAUGCGGCAGUACAACACUUUACACACUCAUUCGUAAACUCUCUACCAUGCACAACUACAACCACUUCAACUCGAAAGUUUAUGACAGAAAAAAUGUAGAUGAAGAGGAACAACGCAGACUGGUGAAACUGGUGAAAUAUACUCCAGCUCCUUGCAGUUUCGAUCGGCAUGUCUUUUUCAUCAACUUCACCAAGUUUGGUGAAACUCCCCCAAUUUACAUCAACAUUAUUCGUGAGCCUGUAGAAAGGAUCAUAUCUUCAUACUUCUAUCGUCGAAUGGUAGCCAGGCAAAAUAAGACUAAAAUUCGACCUAGUGCUUAUUGGCUAAACAAAAAAUUUGAACACUGUGUUCUGACACCAGAUCCUGAGUGCACUUUUCUGGAGGGAAGAAAUUACAGUGUGUUACAAGUGCCUUACUUUUGUGGUCAAGAAUAUCAGUGCCAACUACUUAAUGAUCCUGGAGCACUAAACAAGGCCAAACGGAAUAUAGAACAGUAUUAUGCAGUAGUUGGUACACUAGAACAAAUGAAUGUGACGCUGCAAGUACUAGAAACAGUUCUGCCUCAAUUUUUUGGAGGAGCAUUUAAAAUUUACCAUAGCCUAGGUGUACAUCGUAACCAGAAUUUGAACAAAGAACAUGUGAAAGAAGAAGUAAAAGCCCUAUUGCGUGCCAAUUUAACUGGUGAAUAUGAACUGUACCAUUUUGUUCAACAGCGUCUGUAUCGUCAGUUCCAGUUACUAGUACAGGAUAGAAAUAAUAAUGAAGAGGACAUCAACCAAGAGACAUCUACUGAUGGGGAUAAAUUUAUAGAAUAUGCAUGAUUCCCACCAUUUAGAAUUAUUUUUUCUAACAAAAUAGUGAUUAACAUUAAUGACAACAAAAAGUGUUUAAUUUUAAUCAUGGAAAUCGGUUUUAAAUGAAUAAUAGUUAUUAUAAAGACACUUAAUUUAAAUAUCCAUUGAAGCAUAUUUACAUUUAUAACAGCCUUUUUAAAAAAAUAUAAAAACAUUAAAAUGCUGAAAAUAAGGCAACAACAUUCCUCUGAAACCUAUAUACAGCAAUGUAGUACAUUUUUUCUCACCGAUUUUUAUAAAACAUCUACAUCCGAAAUUGUAGCAUGAAAGAUAUCAACAAUUAACUGGACUUCUCAGGUUUUUUCUAUAAUUCAAAACACCUUGUUAAAAACCAAUAAUAAAUCUCAGUUAUCUUAUCUUUAGAAAUUUAAUUUAAACAAUUGAAAAAGGGAUUAAAAUAUACAAUGACGACUCUAAAUGAUAAGUAAAAUACAUAAAUUUCAAAUUCCUGCGUUACUCAGGUACUUAACCUUUUAAUUUGAACACAGGUACUUGAUUUUUUUUUUUAAAUUUUACCAUACAGAUAUUGGAGAGUGCAUGAAUUUUUGACAUUUUGCGAUAUUCAAAACUGUUGCCUACUCACUAUCAAUAUAUCACAAGAGUGCACUUCAAAUGUUUUGCAUUAACCAUACAGCUAUAUUUUCUCUUACAUAACCAUUUUGCUUACAGCAGAAACAUUCAUUUUUAGAUUACAAGCAAGUUAUAUUUGCCUACAUUAAAUUUUUUAAAUUCUUAUAGAAUUCAUAAAAUUUAUGCUAUUCAUCUCUACAUGCAUGCUAAUUAUUUUCAAAAAUUCCUUCAUCAUUUAAAAAAAUCAAAGCAUUUAGUAUAUGUGUUGUGUAAUACACAGAUUUUGGGACCAAGCUGUUUCACUAACAGUAAAUUCACUUAUAAUGCAUUUUAGAGGAGUUCACUGAAAAUGUUUUCCUAACUUCAGAAGCACAAUGAUAUAAUUUUUUUGAAAAAAAAUGAGUAAUUUAUUUAUUUAUUAAAUAGCGUUCUGACAUAAGCAUUAUUUUUUAUAAAAACCAUGUAAUCAGGACAUUCUAACCAUAAAUUCAAUAUAUAAGAUUUAAUUCAAUAUAAUAUUCUGGGUAACUUUUUAAGUUAUUUUUAAUAUAAUUUCAAUAUUUUAAAUUGAAAUUCAGUGAAUACAAAUUAACAUUCUCGCUAAGCAGCCCGGUGACUAAAUAUUUAUUGAAUCAGUAUUUUAUAUAUUGAUGAAUAUUAUGAAGUGUUGAUGACAGAUGUGUAUAUUUUUUACAAGAGCAUUAUUUUUGCAGUGAAUUAUAGUGAAGUUUGCAUGAAAAAUCAACGUUUUAAGUUGGUUUGCACCGUUAUUCAUUUAAGCAUAGUACAUUACUAUGUAAUGAUUAUCUUAUGCUGAAGUAAUGAGCUAUAUUGAAUGCAAGAGUACAUUACAAAAUUAUUUUGUAUUAUUUGUUGAGAAAUAAACGAUUGUUUUUUUAA